ACUCCAGCUCUUCUGGUUUUUGGCUGGUCUACAACGGUUUCGAUACGUAUGAUGAGUGUAGUGGCUUUGCCACAGUACUCACCAACAAUGGCUCUCAAUACAGUUUACCAAAUUCCACCCUCAAAACUAAUAACGCCCAUUGUCAGUUCGCCAUGGCCAGAGACCUCAAGCAAGGUCAACAAGUGCGAGUGCGACUACAGUGGAGACCUUUGCCUCACACAGUAAGACUCAUGCAAGUGGUACCAAAUGAUGACAUUAACAAUGAUGAUGAUGAUGACGAUGGUGAGCAGACGAACCGGUUGCCACUGGCAGAGGGAGACCGGCUGGCGUCCAACAAGUGGGUCUACUCUCGCUACCCCGUGGAGCUGGGGAUAUCCACCUCGUACAUGCAUUGGUUCAUGCUUCGGUUCGGCUACUCGCUCAACUUCACAUUUGAGGUCAUUGACCUACCAGGAGACAGUCAGCGGCUGUGA